AUGAGUUCAACAGAAGAAAUAGAAUCUUAUAAAUUUCAAUUAGAACAGGUUGAACUUGCACUUGCUUCUGAUCCAAACAAUGAAGAAUUACAAAAGCUUCAACAUGACUUGAAAGAACUUAUAAGUCUAUUUGAAGCACAGUUACAAAAGACGCCUGAACAUCCAAAACAAAAGACACCUACAACACCUACAACACCCCCUACAACAGCAUUAAAGACCCAUGAGUUCUCGAUUGGACAAGAAGUGAUGGCUCGAUGGGCAGGUGAUGGACAAUUUUAUAAAGCGACUAUUACUGCUAUUGGAGGUGCUGAUCAAGUGUUUUCGGUUAGAUUUAAAGGAUAUAAAGAAACAGAAUUUGUUAAAUCAGAGGAUAUUAAACCUAUAAUAACUAAAAAACGAGUGGGUAUCUUUGAAGACAUAAAGGAAGAUAAAAAGAAAAAAGUACAGGAACCAAAGCCAAAGGUCAGUAAAAAGAAAGAAGCAUCCGAAAUUGAAAGUAAAAAGAAUGCUUGGUUGAGCUUUGCGACUGUGGGUAGUAAAAAGAAACAUUCAGCAAUCAAUAAGAAGAGUAUAUUUAAAUCGCCUGAUACACCUGAUGGAAAAGUCGGUGUAGUCAAUAGUGGUAAAGGUAUGACCAGUUAUCAACAAAGAGGAAAACACGUCUAUGCAGUUGCUGAUGAAAAGUAA